CCCGGCGUCCCCGGCUGCUGCUGCUCCCCGGCGGAGGCAAGAGGUGGUUGGGGGGACCAUGGCUGACGUUUUCCCGGCCAACGACUCCACGGCGUCUCAGGACGUGGCCAACCGCUUCGCCCGCAAAGGGGCGCUGAGGCAGAAGAACGUGCACGAGGUGAAGGACCACAAAUUCAUCGCCCGCUUCUUCAAGCAGCCCACCUUCUGCAGCCACUGCACCGACUUCAUCUGGGGGUUUGGGAAACAAGGCUUCCAGUGCCAAGUUUGCUGUUUUGUGGUUCACAAGAGGUGCCACGAGUUUGUCACUUUUUCUUGUCCGGGUGCGGAUAAGGGACCUGACACCGAUGACCCCAGAAGCAAGCACAAGUUCAAAAUCCACACCUAUGGAAGCCCCACCUUCUGUGAUCACUGUGGCUCCUUGCUGUAUGGACUUAUUCAUCAAGGGAUGAAAUGUGACACCUGUGACAUGAACGUGCACAAGCAGUGCGUGAUCAACGUGCCCAGCCUCUGCGGGAUGGACCACACGGAGAAGCGGGGCCGCAUCUACCUGAAGGCCGAGGUCACCGACGAGAAGCUCCACGUCACCGUACGCGAUGCAAAAAAUCUAAUUCCUAUGGAUCCAAAUGGGCUUUCAGAUCCUUAUGUGAAGCUGAAACUUAUUCCUGAUCCCAAGAAUGAAAGCAAACAGAAAACCAAAACUAUCCGCUCCACAUUAAACCCCCAGUGGAAUGAGUCUUUUACGUUCAAGUUAAAGCCUUCGGAUAAAGACCGACGACUGUCCGUAGAAAUCUGGGACUGGGAUCGAACAACAAGGAAUGAUUUCAUGGGCUCCCUUUCCUUUGGCGUCUCGGAGCUGAUGAAGAUGCCGGCCAGCGGAUGGUACAAGCUGCUUAACCAAGAGGAAGGUGAGUACUACAAUGUGCCCAUUCCAGAAGGGGAUGAAGAAGGCAACGUGGAGCUCAGGCAGAAGUUCGAGAAAGCCAAGCUUGGCCCUGCUGGUAACAAAGUCAUCAGUCCUUCAGAAGACAGGAGACAAACUUCCAACAACCUGGACAGAGUGAAACUCACCGACUUCAAUUUCCUCAUGGUGCUGGGGAAGGGGAGUUUUGGAAAGGUGAUGCUCGCUGACCGGAAGGGCACAGAGGAACUGUAUGCCAUCAAAAUCCUGAAGAAGGACGUGGUGAUUCAAGAUGACGACGUGGAGUGCACCAUGGUGGAGAAGCGAGUCCUGGCCCUGCUGGACAAGCCCCCGUUCCUGACACAGCUACACUCCUGCUUCCAGACCGUGGACCGGCUGUAUUUCGUCAUGGAAUACGUCAAUGGCGGGGACCUCAUGUACCACAUUCAGCAAGUGGGAAAAUUUAAGGAACCACAAGCAGUAUUUUAUGCAGCAGAAAUUUCCAUUGGAUUGUUCUUUCUUCAUAAAAGGGGAAUCAUAUACAGGGAUCUGAAGUUAGAUAAUGUCAUGCUGGAUUCGGAAGGGCAUAUCAAGAUUGCUGAUUUUGGGAUGUGCAAGGAACACAUGAUGGAUGGGGUCACCACCAGGACCUUCUGUGGGACACCGGAUUACAUCGCCCCAGAGAUAAUCGCGUAUCAGCCGUAUGGAAAAUCCGUGGACUGGUGGGCCUACGGUGUCCUAUUAUAUGAAAUGCUAGCCGGGCAGCCUCCCUUUGACGGCGAAGACGAAGACGAGCUAUUUCAGUCCAUAAUGGAGCAUAACGUCUCUUAUCCCAAAUCCUUGUCCAAGGAGGCCGUUUCCAUCUGCAAAGGACUGAUGACCAAACACCCAGGCAAGCGGCUGGGUUGCGGGCCAGAGGGGGAGAGGGAUGUGCGGGAGCAUGCCUUCUUCCGGAGGAUCGACUGGGAGAAACUUGAGAACAGGGAGAUCCAGCCGCCCUUCAAGCCCAAAGUGUGUGGCAAAGGCGCAGAAAACUUUGACAAGUUCUUCACGCGAGGGCAGCCCGUCUUGACACCACCCGAUCAGCUGGUCAUUGCUAACAUAGACCAGUCUGAUUUCGAGGGGUUCUCGUAUGUCAACCCCCAGUUUGUGCACCCCAUCUUACAGAGCGCAGUAUGAAACCCGCCACUGAGAACCAACGCCUCCCCAGCCCCCAGGCCCCCCACAGUGGGAAAUGAUCCUUAACCCUAAAAUUUUAAGGCCAUGGCCUUUUCUCUUGUUCCAGAUUGAGGGGAGGGGGGCCUGAAAAUUUUAGGGUUAUUAGUCCAAAUGUGAAUAACUGUUCAGGGUCUCUCUCUUACAACCAAGAACAUUAACUUAGUGGAAGAUGGUAUAAUGUACAGUGUCCAGUUUAAUUAUGUCAAAGUCCUGUCUGGCUGUAGGUUAACCCUUCCUAGAAAGCAAACAAGCUCUCCCCCCCUCCUUUUUUUGGUACGAUUUGAUAUAUUUUCCUUGCCCCUCUGUCGAUUUCCACCAUUGGGAUCCCCCCAACCAGAGAUGUUAAAAUGAACCUGUACUGGGGCCAGUGACUCUCCACCUGAGACGUCUUUGGAACGAAAGAACAGGGGAGCCCAGAAUGUGAGCCAGGUGGGAUUGGGGGUUGGGGGAGGCUUUGAAAUACCCGCUGCCUCUUUUCUCUGCCUCAGUGGAAACAGUCCCUAGAAUUUGAGAGGCCGAGAUGAAUCAUGUCCCCGCCCGUGAUUCAUUUGCAAGCUCACUGUUACCAGGGGUUGACAGUCUUAACCCAAUCACGGUCCAGUGAUUACUGGUCUUCAAAACGAGAGAGAACCAACCUCAGACGAGCAUCGGGUGACCCUGUCAGCUCCCCUGUUUGGUUGAUCAAUUAUCUUGAUACUUGCAUUUCUUUUUAAGAGGCCAAAUCUUCUAAAGACUUUGCUAAAAGAGCAUGUGAAAUCAUUUCAGAUCAAGGACAAACCAGUGUGUCUGUGUGUGUGUGUGUGUGUGUUCAUUUUAAUCUCUGGGAGAUUAUUCCGCGAUCCAGGGUGCCAUCAGCAAUCAUGCCACUACUCGCGAGUGUUGUUAGCCAACCCCACCCCUCAACCAGUAUUUUGCUACCUACGUCCUCAGAAGCUGAUACGUAUGCCCCCAACCCCUUUUGUACUUAUUUAUUUACUUGGCUGCGGUGUCGCCCAAGAGUACGGUGUACAGUAACUUAACAGAGUGUCGACUAGAGCAUAAGUCUCCAUGGCUCGAUCUCCCUCCCAUCUCCAGCCCUUGACAUCCUGCUAAGGGAUGAAAACCAAUACAGUGUGGUCCCCCACGUCCAGUUCAUGUUGAAUGACACACCUGAAGCUGUAGAGUCAGGAAAACCUGGGUGCGUAUCAGCUCGAAGAUGUCCUAUUGCUAGAAGGAUUUUAAUAUGUUUUGCAGAUACAUCAUGCAAUGAAUUUUGCAUGUUUCUAAGAAACCUUAAUAACAAGUGAAUCUAUAUUAUUGAUAUAAUCGUAUCAAGUAUAAAGAGUAUUAUAAUAAUUUUAUAAGACACAAUUGUGCUAUAUUUGUGAAGGCUCUUGUUUCUAAUCUGCUUUUAUGAUUAAGUUUUCGCUUAAUUCCUAGCUACGUGCUUCCUCUCCCCCCGCCCCUACUCCUUGCGUACCCUGCACACUGGCCCUAUAUCGGAUAUAUUAAUUUUUUAUCGUAGAUCUAAUUUUGAAAUGAAUGGCUAUUUUACAUGAUCAAUUAGGCUUAUAUACAUAUAUAUAUAUAUAAAUAUAUAUAUAAAUAUUUGAUUCUACCUGCACACAAAAGUUUUUGUUUGGGGGGAUUAUUUCUGAGAUGACAUUCUCUCCUCGCUCCCCAGCGCCAUUUUCCACUCCUAUGCCACUCUUCCUCUUGGGGACAUCAGGAAGUGUUUGACUCCAGUCUACCUAGUACGUCUGUGUAGGCGUGAUGUUGUCACAGUCCCCCGUCUGGACUCUGUUUGGUUUUUCCUUGUCAGCCUUGUUAUUGUUAGUGACUCAGGGUGGGAGGGACAGAAAGAUGGCCUUCCUGCUGGGUGCGGGUGCGGACACCCCAGAAGCACGCUGUCCAUCCUGCUGCCGCCGGAACGAUCUGCCCUUUGCUCCAGCGCACACACGCUUCAUGAGGCGACUGUCCAGUCCAGCAGCGCCCCCCCCCCCGCCGGGCACAGCCACUCCUGGCACUAUCCGCAGAUUCUUCAGAAGCUUUUCUUCCACCUGUUGCUAGAACCAGCCUUCCCAGUCUUGCGAUGAGCACCUCUGUGGUGAGACACCGUGCUAGCACAAGGCCCUCGGAGAAACCAGCCUCCUACGACAGAAAGAACAUCCAACACGGAAGCAGUUAUCAGCUCUUACAGCGCCGCUCCAUUUCCCGUUGACCCCCAAACACGUCUCCCAGCCUCGCACCUCCUCAUUUCUACUCUCUGGCUGUUUGCCUGAAAUUCAUGUGACACACGAGCACGGGACGGUCUUUGAAAUUGACAGGCCUGGUCCGUCCUGGGAACCCUUGAUUGGAGGAAGAGGUGGGGUAGACAGUGUGUCAGCCCCAGAAGGAGCAACUUCCUCUGUCGUCCUUUAUGGGCUGUAGACGUCAGAACCCAAAAAGGGGCCCCAGCGUACCCAGAGCUGCAGUCCUGCUGGUCAGUGCACAUCUGGGGGACACUGCCUCGCCGGGCACACCUCCUUCAGUUGGGUAGAAAAGGGCCAGUGUAUAGAAUGAGCCUAAGAAACAAAACAGCCGGUCACCCUGCCCCAGGAUGGAGCAGCAGUGGGACGGGCUCCCAGCCAAGCCCCAGGCAGUGAGGAAGGUUUCAGGAAGGAACACAUGAGGGUUUCGGGGGCGCUGGCUCCCGAGCCCCAUGCCGUCUCUUUGUUUCUGAGCUCACCACAGUCUCAGGCUUUCCCUCACCCAGCCGGCAUGUUCCCAAAUUAUUCAUAAUUCUCCAGAAAAUGUAUUCAGCCUCUCAGCUGGCUUAUAUUCUUUCAGAAUGUGUGGCAAAGUUUUAAAAGAAAAUCUGGCUGCCCCCCACCCCGCCCCGCGUGGGGACAGGAGGCUUGAGGCCAAACUUGGGGGGAGACUGUAAACUUCAGGGGUUACCAAUGGGUCACCGUGAUGUGCCCUCACUGGUGCAUGGCUUAGUACCGAAUCCAGAUAAAGGCUAAUGUGUUAAGGGUCUGAGCAGUCCCAGACCAUGAUUUCUGAAAGAAGAAACCGUGUGGGUGACCGAGACCAGCCUUAGACCAGCUUAUAAAAGCAGCAAUCUCUGUGGUUCUAUGGUGUUGUCCCAUGUGGUGGCAUCGUGUGAAAACGCAGGGAAGCUGGCAGCUGGAAUGAGGAGAGCACUUGAACUCUUGGAGUUCAGGCCCUGAGCAUUGCCUAUAUCGUGGAGCCCGUUGAGGUCCAGGAUCCUGGGCAGAACAUAGCACAGUCGGCUUCCCCGCCAGACCCCUCGACCCGUGACUCUGAGGUGCCAUUCGCGUCGUCUUACCUUCUUUUCCCUUGGACGGUGUCUGACUCAGCAGCAGAUCUGGGCUCUGAGGCUGCAGGCCAGUGGGCCAGCAAUGCCGGUCUCUUGGCACCUUGUCUAAAGACGCUAGAUGCUUGGUUUCGAUGGAAGUUUCUGGAGUGUGCGGCUGGGUGUAGCCCUCGGAGGUGAAUGGGAGGCUCCCUAAGACAGUUCAUUCAUUCAAAAGGCGAUGGCUGCUCUCCAGCCCCUCUGCUUCUCUUUGAUCCCCGUGAGCUGGUGCCAGCGAAGGCAGAAUCCCCGUCAGUCGGGUCUUAGGAGAUGUGUCAGGCUCUCUUAUCAGGAAUUCUGGCAGAAAAUUGGAGCAUUAGGGCACUUCAAAAACUUGACCUGAUGUGGCCGGUUGCUGGGUGAUGAAAGACCACAGUUGACACAACCAGCCAAGGACGUUGGGGCACCUCUCUGAGCUGCCGUCCUCAGCAGAGCGAGGUGUGGACCCAGAGAGCCACCGCUGACGUGCAGAGAGGGGGGAGGUCAGUGGAGGCUGAGGUCCACAUGGCAUUUAGAGAAGAGCGGGGAUUGAGUGUAUCCGAACGAUGCUUGUGAGAGGAGGAAGGCAGGAGGCUGUGCAAGGAGAGGCCAUCUCGGGAAGGAAGCUGCUGCCAUUUCCAGUGGCUUUGUGUUGUGGGUUGUUGGUGCAUUUGAUAGCUACCCCCUGCUGGUCCCCGAGCACAGGUUCGUUGCCAGGGACGCAGUCUGGUCCUCAGAAAGGAUCCCCUGAAUGCCAGUCGCGUCCGCAGCAGCCACGGGAAGAUGCUGCCCCUGCUUCCCUCAAGGUGGCUCACAGUUUUCUGGGCAAGGCCACACCAUUCGGCUCACCCUGGGAGACAGGAGGUCCCCACCCGGCUUCCGCCACAGCAUCCUGCCCAGAAGGACCGGGGACGGAGGGAGAAGGGGCAAAACGAAGGAACACUCCUGUCCCCACCUGAUUGCCCUUAGUGGGAGAAAUCUCACUUGUUGCUGGGAUUUGUGUUCUCAGGAUUGAAGAGGGAGGGAAAGUGAGAGUCUGAUAUUUUUAAAUGCCUCUGAAAGGCAACACCAAUUGACAGGCACUUUCUCACUUUACAAAGUCACCUGUUUCUUGUGUGUGCAUAUCACACCAUUUCCUGUCUCUUUAAGCCCAUCGGGGCGGGAGUGCCUGAUCCCCCCACACCCCCGUGACUAGCACACUAGUCAUCAGCAGGAAGGAGGCGGCUGGGGACAAAAGGACGAUGGUGAUGGUCAGUCGUUAAGAGUUACAGGAGCAACGGGGCCAGGAGGGUUAGUACCAGUGACAGGAAAGGGCACUCUGGUUCUUAGUGACCACACGCUAAUGUGACAGGUGGGAAACUAUUUUUGGAAACCUUUUCCUUGAGUUGCUUGGAUUACAUCUCAUGGAAUACACCAGACUGUAAACAUGUCUGUCAUUUCUCAUUGAAGCCGAUGAGACAACAUCUAGGGAAUGCUGUAUAUUAUAUAUUUCUGCUAAGGAAGAUGCAGAAACUUGGAAAAGGUUACCUGAGCUACAGUGAGUGAAGGCAUCUAGAAAUGGUGUCAGCCACAAUCCUGUUAAUUUUCUAAUGUCAGGGACUCUUUGGGAGGGUUAAAAUCACGUGUGACUAGGACCCCAUGUCUCUGAUCUGUGAUCAGGAGUCCGGUGAUAAUUGUGUAGGUCAAAUCAGUCAUCAAGCCUUACAAGGACCCUACAUUAAGGCCCACAAGUUCCAAAGACUUUUUUUUAAAACUUAAGGAAGAAAUUAGUUAAUUCUAAUAGAACAACAGUAUACUAGGCUAUUUGUACUUUUUUAUAGAGAGCUUUAAUAACUCAAUUCUUCUUUUAAAAUAAGUUUUUAAAACAAAACUACUGACAAUUUGAUAAGAUUCCCAAUCCUAUGGGGCCUGGAGGAGGACUCAGCUGGGGUCAGCUAGAGCACCCCUGACCUGCACUCCCACUGCAGGAUUUUCCCAUGCCAGUGGCAUAUGAUGUCCAGAUCAGGACGGCUGGAAAUUCAGGUGGAAUGUGUUGGCAGACCGAUGCCCUCCAUGUUUUUGGUGCACACUGAGGACAGCCACCUAAGGUCUGGAAACCUUUGGACCCUAGGAAUGAUGGUUUUAUUGCCCCCUUCCAGAAGCAGCCCUAGGAUAACAUUCCCCUGAGGUCCCUGGAUCUCUUUCUUUGCUCUGUGAGGGUCUGUGACCACCUUUUGGUUUGGGGACUGGGCGCAUCCUCGGCUCUGUCUCUAGUCACCACAAGUCUGCAAGGCUCACAUUCAGUGAAAAUUCAGAGGUGCCCUGGAAGGAUUUUGUCCACUGGGCAAUUCAUAUAUACUUCAAUAUCCCCGAGAAAGAAGAGGCGGCAACAAACACUCCCAAGGGCCUCUGUCUCCGAAUUCUCUCUUACAUGAGUAGACAGUACCCUACUUUUCAGAAACUCUCCAGUCUACUUUAUAGGAACUUUUUUUUUUUUAUUCUAAAAUAAGACAAAAGGUGGCUUUGCAUUUUCUGGUUAAAUAAUUGUGUCUUCGUCUCCUCUGCUUAACUUUAGGAGUAUUUAUUCUUGUGAUUGUUCAUAGAUUUUUGUUGAUAUUCUUCCUGGAAGAAUGGGAUCCUUAAGGGGUUUAGUGAACAAUUCAAAAUCAUCCUUGAAGGCAGUUACGCUUUUGAGUGUAAAUGGUCUGAAAAUUCACCUCCUAUCCCUUCUAGCAGGGUCUUUCAGAAUAUCUUUUAUAGAUGGUCAGAGACAUUUGAAAUCAUUGCUUUUGCUCCAUGAGAGAGAGAGAGAGAGAGAGAGAGAGAGAGAGGGAGUGUGAGUGUGUGUGUGUGUGUGUGAGUGAGAAGGACAUGUCACGUUUAAAUCAUUCAUUGGAAAACAUCGUACAAGACCCCAAAUCUGUACAGAGGAGGAAGAUGAAGAGACGGAGGUUGAGGUUUUUUCCUUCUGUAUAAUCACCUUCUGACAAAAUGUAGAGGCCAUUCAACUGUCCAGCAACAUUUGGUUUAAAGCAGGCAAGAUGGAUGUGUAAGUUACUACUGCCGCUUUCCUCAAUUUGUAUAACCUCUGAUCUUUGUUUGCAUGAUAUGCUUUGUUAGAUACAUUCAUUGUAGUUUGGAAGCAAGUGUGUACGAAUAAAUAUAAUGACCAUUC